AUGAGCGAAGCUGCUGGCGCAAGUGCGGCUCCUGCUCCUGCGGCGGCAGCUGCUGCUGCUGCACCGUCCAUGUCGGACGCCGCGUAUGCGUUCGACGAAGACGUGCUCAAGGACGUGCGCAACAACAAGGUGUGGAUGCAGGAUCCCAAGUACUUUCAAAAGGUGAUCGUGUCGCCAGCUGCCACGAUGAAGAUGCUCAACCACGCGAGUUCAGGCGUCGAGAAAGGGAUGAAAGCAGGCGGAAAGCCCGUGGAGAUCAUGGGCCUCAUCAUGGGUCGGCCUUCGACUGGGACCGACAAAGACGCUGGGGACGCGCACACGCUCGUUGUCACGGACUGCUUUCCACUGCCGAUUGAAGGCGCCGAGACGCGCGUUCUAGCAGACGACGCCGAGGUCAUCAACUAUAUGAUCUCCCUGGGCGAAGCUGUCGAGCAGACGCGAAAAGAAAGGUUCAUGGGCUGGUACCACAGCCAUCCGUUUGAUGUGGAAGUGCACAGCCACUGCUUCCUCUCGGCCACAGACGUCAGCACGCAGCUCCAGUGGCAGCGCUCGGAAGACCCACACGGCAAUCCGUGGCUUGCUAUUGUGAUCGAUCCACUGCGCUCGCUUGCCAAGAAGCGUCCAGAGAUGGGUGCGUUUCGUGUGUACCCGCCAGAGUUUGCUGCGCCUGUGAAUGAGACGCCGGACGGCACGAUCGUUACGGACGAGAGCGCGCGACUUGAACGCUGGGGCAACUGCUGGAACCGCUACUACACGCUAGAGAUUGACUACUUUAUGAGCGCCCUCGGCUCGCAGGUUGUGAGCAUCCUCUCCGAGGAGUUUCUGUGGAUGCGCACGCUGAGCUCCAACACGAUGCAAGAGCGUGAAAACCGGGAUCGUUUCUCGGAGCGGAUUCAGCUGCUGGCAAACAAGUUGGACGGUUGCGAAGCCCACUUGUUGCCGCGAGCUGGACGCAGCACCUCUCGAAUUGGCGAGUACUACGUGCCGGAGAAGCAGCAGUCGCAUAAGGAUACGGAGGAGUCUGCACUUGACAAGAUCACCCAGGCUGCGAACGAGCUCGCCAUCGAGAACUCGCUCGGUCAAGAGCUUCAGGUUAUCAAGAAAGCUCUUUUUAAUGACCAGUGA